AUGGAGCCCUCCAGCCCCAGGAAGCUGAGCUCUAUGCAGGAGGCUGGCUUUGGGAUGCAGCCCAGGAAGACCUCAGACCUGGGGGUGGUCCCACACAGCAACGGUAAUAACAACCCAUUCAAGAGAAAGAAGUCGCAGUCUGCCUUUAUCAACAGUGAAAAGAAAGAAAACUUCAACUCAUGGAUUCUUGAAAAAAUCAAGAAGAAAGAAUGUAUGUAUUUUGUCGAAAGUUCCAAAAUGUCGGAUGCAGGGAAGGUGGUGUGCAAGUGUGGCUACACUCGUGAGCAGCACUCGAGAGAGGCCAGGAAGCCCCUCAUGUUCCAGGGUAUGACGUGGGACCCCAAAAUGCACAUCAAGGAGACGUCUACAGAUGCUUUUGGUGAAAUUGCUUUCACAGGCCUGGGGCAGAAGGUGGGAAAGUAUGUCCGAGUCUCUCAGGACACACCUUCUCAUAUCAUCUACAAACUUAUGACUGAGCACUGGGGCCUGGAGGUUCCCAACCUCUUAAUCUCAGUGACAGGUGGGGCCAAGAAUUUCAUCAUGAAGCCGAGGCUAAAGAGAAUCUUCCGGAGGGGUUUAGCCAAGGUGGCCCAGACCACAGGGGCCUGGAUCAUCACAGGGGGGUCCCACGCUGGUGUGAUGAAGCAGGUGGGUGAAGCAGUGAGGGACUUCAGCCUAAGCAGCAGCUACAAGGAAAGUGACCUCAUCACCAUUGGAGUGGCCACGUGGGGCACCGUUCAUAACCGCGAGAGUCUGAUCAACCCCAAGGGCUGCUUUCCUGCUGAGUACAACCUGGAUGAGGAAGGUCAGGGCGACCUCACCUGUCUGGACAGCAACCACUCACACUUCAUCCUGGUGGACGAUGGGACCCACGGCCUUUAUGGGGUGGAGAUCCCCCUGAGGACCAGACUGGAGAAGUUCAUAUCAGAACAGAAAAAACAUCACGGUGGCUUGGCCAUCAAGAUCCCCAUCGUCUGUGUGGUGCUGGAGGGAGGCCCCGGCACACUGAAUACCAUCUACAAUGCCAUCACCAAUGGCACCCCCUGUGUGAUCAUGGCGGGCUCUGGCAGGGUGGCUGACGUCAUCGCCCAUGUGGCCAACCUGCCUAUCUCUGAGAUCACCAUCUCCUUGAUCCAGAAGAAACUGAGCAUGUUCUUCCAGGAAAUGGAGACCUUCACAGAAAGCAAGAUUGUAGAGUGGACCAAGAAGAUUCAAGAUAUUGUCCGGAGAAGGCAGCUGCUGACCAUCUUCCGGGAGGGCAAGGAUGGUCAGCAGGACAUGGAUGUGGCCAUUCUGCAAGCCCUACUGAAGGCCUCUCGGAACCAUGAUCGAUUUUGCCACGAGAACUGGGGCCACCAGCUGAACCUGGCAGUGGCAUGGAAUCGUGUGGACAUCGCGCUGAGCGAGAUCUUCACUGAUGAGAGGCAGUGGAAGCCUUCAGAUCUGCACCCCAUGAUGAUUGCUGCCCUCAUCUCCAACAAGCCUGACUUUGUGAAGCUCUUCCUGGAGUAUGGUGUGAGACUGAAUGAGCUUGUCACCUUGGAGACCUUGCUGUCCCUGUACCAGAACCUGACACCCUCCUGCCUGUUCUACAACAAGCUCCAGAAGGUGCUGGCCGAGGAUCCCCUGUGCCCACCUAGUAUCCUCACCUCGUCGUCCACCCUGAGGAUGGAUCACGCGGCGCAGAAGCUGCAAGACCUGCGGAUGGAUCACGUGGCACAAGUGCUGCGAGACCUGCUGGGGGACUUCACGCAGCCCCUCUACACUGAGCAAGAGCAGGAGCAGGCGCUAUUACCAAAGGAAAACACGUUCACCACAGACCCCGUCCGUGACCUGCUCAUUUGGGCCAUUGUCCAGAACCGCUGGGAACUGGCAGAAAUCAUCUGGACUCAGAGCCAGGACUGUAUCAUGGCAGCCUUGGCCUGCAGCAAGCUCCUGAAGGAGCUGUCCAAGGAGGAGGAGGACACGGACUGCUCAGAGGAGAUGCUGGCACGGGCAGAUCAGUACGAGCUCAAAGCCAUUGGAGUCUUCACUGAGUGCUACCGGAAAGACGAGGAGCGAGCACAGAAGUUGCUGGUCCGCGUGUCUGAUGCCUGGGGGAUGACCACCUGUCUGCAGCUUGCUCUUGAAGCUAAGGACUUGAAGUUUGUGUCUCAUGGAGGUGUCCAGGCCUUUCUGACCAAGGUGUGGUGGGGCAAGCUUUGCGUGGAAAAUGGGCUGUGGCGAGUGAUGCUGUGCAUGCUGGCUUUCCCACUGCUCUUCACGGGCUUCAUCUUGUUCAGGGAGAAGAGGCUGCAGUCGAAGAACAGCCUGGCCCGUGUCCGUGGCUUCUUCAACGCGCCCGUGGUCAUCUUCCACCUCAACAUCCUCUCCUAUUUCGCCUUCCUCUGGCUCUUUGCCUACGUGCUGAUGAUGGACUUCCAAGACUCGCCCUCCUGGCACGAGUAUGCCAUCUACUGCUGGCUCUUCUCGCUGGUGUGCGAGGAAAUGCGCCAGCUCUUCUACGACCCUGAUGGGUAUGGACUGCACAAGAUGGCCUCUUUGUACUUCAGCGACUCUUGGAAUAAACUGGAUGUUGCUGCCAUCCUUCUCUUUAUAGGAGGGCUGACCUGCAGGCUCCUCCCAGAAAUGCUGUACACUGGGCGUGUCGUCCUCUCUCUGGACUUCAUCUUGUUCUGUCUCCGGCUGAUGCACAUCUUUACCGUCAGUAAAACACUGGGGCCCAAGAUAAUCAUCCUGAAGCGCAUGAUGAAGGACGUCUUCUUCUUCCUCUUCCUGUUGGUGGUGUGGGUCGUGUCCUUCGGGGUGGCCACACAGGCCAUCCUCAUCCGCAAUGAGAGCCGGGUGGACUGGAUCCUACGAGGGGUCGUGUACCAGUCGUACCUCACCAUCUUUGGGCAGAUUCCAACCUAUAUUGACGGAGUGAACUUCAGCCUUGACUACUGCAGCCCUAAUGGCACGGACCCCUACAAGCCCAAGUGCCCGGAGAAUGACAUGACUCGGCAGGAGCCUCUCUUCCCUGAGUGGCUGACGGUCAUCCUGCUUUGCCUCUACCUCCUCUUUGCCAACAUCCUGCUGCUCAAUCUCCUCAUCGCUAUGUUCAACUACACCUUCCAGGAGGUCCAGGAGCACACAGACCAGAUCUGGAAGUUCCAGCGCCAUGACCUGAUCGAGGAGUACUACAACCGGCCCCCUGCCCCGCCGCCCCUCAUACUGCUCAGCCACCUGCAGCUCCUGGUCAAGCGGAUCGUCCUCAGGAUCCCACCCAAGAGGCACAAGCAGCUGAAAAAUAAACUGGAAGAGAAUGAAGAGAUGGCUCUCCUGUCUUGGGAAGCCUACCUUAAAGAGAACUACCUGCAGAACCAGCAGUACUAUCUGAUGCAAAGGUCUGAGCAGAGGAUCCAAGACAUCAACAACAAGAUGGACACCAUGAUGGAGCUGCUGGACGUGGACCGGAUGAAGAGGUCAGGAUCCAUGGAGCAAAGACUAGCUUCCUUGGAAGAGCAGAUGGGCCAGACGUCUAAAGCCCUGCACUGGAUCGUGAGGGCUUUACGGGAUGGUGGCUUUGGCUCAGAGGCAGAUGUCCCAGCUCCAGCACCCCAGAAGGCCACCGAGGAGCAGGAUGAAGGGCUGGGUGACGGGCAGAAGGUGGAGGAUGGGGACAGCCUGUACCAUGUGAGUGCCCGCCACCUCCGGUACCCUAGCUGCCCGGACACACGCUUUGCCGUGCCCGACGAGAAGGUGCCCUGGGAGACAGAGUUUGCGAUCUAUAACCCACCUUUCUACACGGCUGAGAGGAAGGACACGGCCGUCGUGGACCCCGUGGGAAGCUGCCUGGAGCUGCUGUCCAAGAUCAAAUACAACGCUGAGGAUGGGCUGGUGGACCGAAGGAGUUUCCAUGGUCUCUAUCAAGUCCGUGACAACUUCCCUCUGAACCCCAUGGGCCGAACAGGACUACGUGGGCGUGGGAGCCUCAGAUACUUUGGACCCAACCAUGCCCUGCACCCCGUCUUUACUCGGUGGUGGCGGAACCAGGAUGGGACCAUCCACAAGAAGAGCAUCAGGAAGGUGCUCGAGGUGCUGGUGGUGAAGCACUUGCAGGCUGAGCACUGGGCACUCCCAGGGGGCUCCCGGGAACCCGGGCAGAUGCUGCCCCAGAAGCUGAAGCAGAUCCUGGAGCAGGAGGCCUGGUCAUCCAUCGAAAACCUGCUGAAACAGGGGAAAGAGGUGUACAAGGGAUACAUGGAUGAUCCGAGAAACACGGACAAUGCCUGGGUUGAGACGGUGGCUGUCAGCGUUCACUUCCAGGAUCAGAACGACGUGGAACUGAAGAGGCUGGAAGAUCACCUACAGAAAAAAGACUACGAGGUGGACUUCCGCUGGCAGGUGGUGGAUAGGCGCAUGCCGCUGUACACCAACCACAAUACCAUCCUCCAGAAGGUUGCUGCCCUGUUUGAGGCAUACUACUGA